GUGGUUUCCUUAUAUAGACUUGGAAGCCUCGUGGUUUAUUUAUAUGAGGAAUGAGUCGGGUUCGGUGCGAGGCCGAUUUGGAGAGCGCGCGCAAGAAGCCGCGGCAGGACGCGAAUGAUGUGCUGAUCGUCCCGUUCGGGCCGAUGUCUGUGGAGGCAGGCGAGGCGGCUCAAGCGCAGCGAUCGGAGCGCGCCAAGGCCGACGCACAGCUGGGCGCCAACAUGCUGCUGCCGCCGUAUCAGGGCCGGCUGGUGGUCGGGAGCACGGGCGUGAUCGCGCGCACGAUGGCGCAUCUGCGCGCGCGGUACGCCUUUGUUCCGAUCCCGGGCCAGACCAAGCUUCGCAAGGUGUACGCGUGCGAGACUCCGGCCUGCAACGCUCGUAUGGAGUGGGUUGCCAAGGAUGCUACCGCCAAGGCCUGGCUCGUUUCGCAUAGCCCGCACAGCCAUGCGGCAGCCGCGCCGACGCCUACGGCGACACCCGGCCAGCUGACAAGGCAAGCGCUGCGCAACAAGAACUUCUGCAUCGCCAAGACUUGGGUGGAGACGUUCAAGCGUACACUGGUCGCCGCUGAGCUGAGCAGGCGCGAGGAGGGUGCUGCGUCAGCGGAAGCUGCGCAGGAGCUGCUUGUGCAAGGCGUGGCCAGCAGCAUCGGGGAGGGGCAGUGGUGCAAGCUGCGCCCGGAUCUGGACGCGCUCGGCGUGAAGCUCGACGCCAACGGCAUCGUCACGCACCUCAAGUACGCCCUCGCGCCGCCCAAGCCGCCCAGCGCACACCUCGUGGAGGUGAUGCAGGCUGGUGCCAUCCGCGACAUCCUGAUGGGCAUGGGCUGGGCCGCGCUGCCGGAGCAGCAGGUUCGGGUGUUCGACAUUGACCUUGCCGCUGCGGAUGCGCUCGCGCUGGAGGCCCUGCAAGGGUGGGCACGCAUAGCGGGGGUGGCGCUGCAAGGCGAAGGCCAGAAGCUGGUGCGGCGCCAGCAGGGGCUUAGCACCGGCGGCGACAAAACCUCGUGGUACCAGCAGUGGUUCGCGGAGUGCCCGUUCGGCCUGCUGGAUGUCACCGGGCAGGACGUGCUGGUGUGUGCCGUGCGGCGCACAGCAGAUGGUGGGCUGCAACGCGCGCCGCUCGUCUCUGUAGGGCAGGUGUCGGGCGAGGCGGGGCGCGCUCUGCGCAACAAGGUGGCGCGCACGUGUCAAGAGGUCCACAAUGGCGACGCCUGGGCUCACAUCGACAAGCACUACGACGGCAACUUCUGGAUGGCGGGGCUGGCGUCGCCUGCUCGCGUGGGACACAUCAUCUGCAGGUACGUCAACCAGAUCAUCUACGAGUGCGAGGCGGAGCAUUAUCCAUUCAGCAUCGAGGAGGCGCUGGAGGAGAUGUGUACGGCGGUGUGGGAGGCGGCGGUGCAGGUUGCGCCGUACCUGACCAAGUACAGGGAUGAGUUCUUGUCUGCCUGGGGGCGCCAGGCGAUGUACGGCGACACGGCAACUAACCUCGUGAGCAUGACCAAGAACUGCGCGGUGUCGUUGCACUUCGACACAACGGACGGGCCGUACAGCAUCAUGCUGUGGCGCCACAACGGUGCCGGCAGCCUGGACGGCGGGCAUUUCUUGAUGCCUGGCGCCUCCAUCAAGGUGCUGCCGACCGACAUGACGAUCGUGGUGCUGGCUGCUGGCAUGGUCACGCAUGGGACGGCGCCCGUGCUGGAGUCCACUGGCGACGCGCGGCGGUAUGGCUACUCGCAUUUCCUGCGUGUGCCGGCCAUGGAGCGUGUGGCGCGGCUGAUCAAGGCAUCUGGCGGAAAGAAGAAGAUGGAGGAGCUGCAGGUACAGGGCAUGAAGCGCGUGUUGGCUGCACGUACAGCAGCGGAUCGGAAGGCGCGGCGGGAUGAAAUCCAGAAGCAGCGGGACGAGCUCCUGAAGAGCGCGCUGGACGGCGAGGCGCUGCCCGAGGGCGAGCAUUUAGCGUUUGCUGUGCGAGGGUUGAAGUGGCACCGGGACAUUGUGAAGUGCCUGGUAUGGCAGGACUUCAAGGGCAAGUCCUGAGACCUGUAGCAGGAGGAGCGGGUGGGUAGUAGUGGUUCGUGUAGAGGCGUGUUGGGCUGUGUAAGUGAGAGGUCAUGGGAGUACACAACGCAAAUAAAGCAAGAACAGCGGGAGUUUGGUAGGCAGCGCCAACAGGCGCGAACGCUGCUGGGGAGUUGGUGUGUUGCAGUGGGAGUUGGGCCAUGCACGUGAGACAGCGAGUGGCCGUACAGGUGUUCGCAUUUGCAUGUUAAAAGGACUGUGCCAUUUGCGCCAAGCAAGUGGAUGGAGUGGGUGGGUGAUGAACUGGAUUGUGGGGUAGAGCUGUGGGCAGGGGCAUGCGUUGGGGAACCGGUUUUUCUGUGAGGGCGUGUGGGUGCGCUAAGGGCAAUGUAACAAGACAGCGUGGCUGUAGUCAGGUAGCAGUGUAGGGUUGCGGUUGGGGCUGGGCUGCAGCGGAAGUAGAAGUAGGGGUAGCUGCUUGUUGUGGUGAAGAUGCGCGGGGUGUCGUGCUGGCGAAAGCUUGCAAAGGUAGUGGGGUGCUGCAUUGAGGCGCAUGAGGCGCAGUGCAUUGGCAGAGGUGCUGGAAUGGACAGGAGGCAGCGAGUGCAAUGGCAUGAGAUGAGCGUUUGUAUACAAUGAAGGUGUGCAGAACUCGCAACGUUGGCAACGUGCAACAUCAAUGUGUUUGUCGUGGUACCAUAAGCAGAACUGCGCCAGGCUGUAAGCACUGAGACUA